AGAAAAAAAAUGAUUUCAUUUUUUACUUCCUGUAUCAAAGGUGGCAAGAGGGACGUUUGGAAGGUGUGAGGGAUAAGUUGGAAACGAUGGUACUGAAAGAGAUUCCUGCCGAAAAUCUAACUCGGCCUCUAGGUCGUAAUGAAGUAAUAGGUUUACUGUUUAGGCUUACAAUUUUUGGUGCAGUGACGUAUUUUACCAUUAAGUGGAUGGUAGAUGCGAUUGACCCUACGCGGAAACAAAAAGUUGAAGCUCAGAAACAGGCUGAGAAACUUAUGAGGCAGAUCGGAGUGAAGAACGUGAAAUUAUCCGAGUAUGAGAUGAGUAUUGCUGCCCACUUAGUGGACCCGCUAAGCAUGCAGAUCAAUUGGAGUGACAUCGCUGGCCUGGAUGACGUCAUCACCGAGCUGAAGGACACCGUCAUUCUUCCCAUCCGGAAACGGCAUCUAUUCGAGAACUCGCGGCUGCUUCAGCCUCCUAAAGGUGUGCUGUUGUAUGGACCUCCAGGCUGUGGCAAAACUCUGAUUGCCAAAGCCACUGCCAGGGAAGCCGGCUUCCGCUUCAUCAAUCUUCAACCAUCCACCCUGACUGACAAGUGGUACGGAGAGUCUCAGAAGCUUGCUGCAGCCGUCUUUUCGUUGGCGAUAAAGCUGCAGCCCUCCAUCAUAUUCAUCGAUGAGAUCGACUCCUUUCUAAGGAGCCGUUCCAGCUCCGAUCAUGAGGCUACGGCUAUGAUGAAGGCCCAGUUCAUGAGCUUGUGGGACGGCCUGGACACAGAUUUCAACUGCCAGGUUAUCAUAAUGGGAGCCACCAACCGCCCACAGGACCUCGACUCUGCUAUUUUGAGGAGGAUGCCCACGCGGUUUCACAUCAACCAACCGAACGUAAGGCAAAGGGAAGAAAUUUUGAGACUCAUUUUGCAUAAUGAAAAUGUCGAGCAUCUUGUUGACCUGGUUGAGGUUGCCAAGGAGACAGAGGGGUUCUCUGGAAGUGACCUCCGUGAGAUGUGCCGGGACGCUGCACUGACCUGCGUGCGGGAUUUCGUCCACAGUAACGAGGAAAACCGGGCUGAGGAGGACUACAUUCGGCCAAUCCAGCAGCUGGAUCUGCAGAGGGCCAUACAGAAGAUGAGGAAGUCGAAGCUGGCUGGGUCGCAGAACAUCCUGGUGCACGCUGCCCUGGACUGAGCUGACUGAGGUGUUACUCUGCCAUUCAAUUUCUAGAGGAGAAGAUUCUCCCGCAAUUUUUCUUUUAUUUGGGUUUUAUGUUUCAUGUACUGUACAUUAAGCACGGGCUUCAGAGUAGAGUGGAUCACUUCCUAAGAUUCCCCACUGGGGAACGAGGAAAAGGCUACAGUACCUUUUGGGUUUGAGGCCCCCGGCCAUCCGCAGUGUUCUCCAGUCUCGGCAGUUCGUUACACUUGGCAUCUUUCUCAUUUUUUUUGAGAACUUUAUUUUUUGUUGAGGCAUAGCUGUGCGGUAACGGUGCAUGUAUGGCCUCUCAUACUUUAUCACACCAUAAGAAUAAGGAAGCUUACAGUGGGGUUUGUGUCUAGUAGGUUCAGUUAGCUGGGGGGGGGGGGAGCAUGAUUUUUGUAAAUUGGUGCAAGAUAAAUGAUAGUUAAAAAAAUAAAAUAAAAUCCUUUCCAUGUGGCAGACAAAAGGUAUCGAUGCAAAAUUUUAAGAUUCUUGAGUAAAAAUCUAUAUGGUAAUUUUUAGCCUGCUGUUAGCAUAAGAGAGAACAUUAUUUAUUGCCGUUAUUUAACCCAUUUAAGAAAUAUCGCUAGUAUGACUAGAAAGUAUCAGUUGAGACAUUCGUGAAAAUAUACCAUCUUACCCAACUGAGGUCAUGUAUUCUGAUGUACGUAGACUGUCAGUUCCACACACGAGUUUAACUUGUACAAAGUCCACAUAAAUUCGCUUGCCGUAGCUGACUGAUGCUUUGACGGAAAACGUUUACAGCUUUUAUGCAUUUUGUUGACUUUUCUGUCUGGGUCAUGCUGUUUGUGAAUUAUUUCUGUAUGUAUAAAUUACUCUUUGCCAUUAUAACGUGUAUAUUGGGAGGUGUACAUUGAAAGCAAAUUAGGAAAAUAUACAUUGCGUGAGCAAUAUUUUGUGGGAAUGAUUGUUAUGGUCUUACUGAACUGCUGUUUUAAUUAAUUCAGUGAAGACGACGCCUCGGAUUGGAUGGGAUGUUUGCAUCUUUAUUAAAAAGACCUUUGACAUCUGUC